AUGGAAGACGCACCCGAGGAAGACUUGGACAUCAAGCUGCAGACUGUGUCGAAAGACCUAAUUGCUGAGUUUGACAACCGCCUCAAGCCCUUUUUGCGCAAAGCAAAUGGGGCUGGCCGUGUCCGCUCUCGCGUGCGUGCACGUGAAGUGUCGCAUCUUAUGUCUAAUCUUCUUGACCCGUUUCAAGAAUUGCCCCAGCUCCUUGAUCCACACUUGCCCCAGUGGUUGCCUAUGCUCGCUGCGGCCUUCCUGGAGUAUCACCAGACAAGGCGGAGGCAGACCAUAGAAGCUGCCACAACGUCCUCGUUGCUGAUGCCACUUCCGACGGCAAUAUGCAAGCUAAUCUACACCUUCUGCAAAGUCCGCGGUGAGAAGGUCAUUGUGAAUUUCCUCAAUGUUGAGACCCGGUACCUUGAGCUCCUUUUGUCCGCUAUUGAAGAAUCAGAGAGGCACCAAGGCUCGGACGACGAUGUGCUUCAGUGGACCUGGGAGGAGCGAUAUGUCGUCCUCCUGUGGCUGUCUCACCUCAUGUUCGCACCGUUCGACCUAGCAACGAUAUCCUCGGUCUAUAUGCAUGAUGUUGACCUAGCUGGUGUCCCGGGCUUCCUCUGGCCGUUCAACCCUCCCAGCAUUACUGUGCGAGUUUUGCCACUAGCAGCCAAGUAUCUUGCUUCACCAGGCAAAGAAAGAGAUGCGGCAAAGGCCCUUCUAGUGAGGAUGGCCAUGCGUAGGGACAUGCAAAAACUUGGCAUCCUGCACGCUCUCAUCGACUGGGCUCUUUUCACGCUACACCCAAGCUCAGAUAGCAACGACUCUACAAGCGAUGACGGGUUGAAACGAGAACCUAGUCAGAAUUCUUACACAUUCAUUGGAGUGCUUGCUUUCCUGGCAGGGGUUCUAUCAUCUGCUGACGCAUCUGAUGUGGAAAAGUACUCAUCCAAGGUCUUCUACACUGUAAAUGCUACUAUGUGGAGCGAAGACGACACGUCUAACACUAUCAAGUCGUCUGCAGUUGCGAAGAAGAUGGUUGUCAAAGUCAUGCGCUCGAUUGCUGUGUCGAAAUUGACAAGAGAAAGCCGAGACAUGGCAGGGAUUCAGCUUGUCGAGACUACCGUGCGGUAUCUUCUGGGAAGCCUGUCCGACAAAGACACACCAGUCAGAUUUGCGGCAAGCAAAGCUUUGGGAGUCAUCACCCUCAACUUGUCGAGGGAAAUGGCCUCGCAAGUUGUGGAUGCCGUUCUACAAGCGCUGGACGAGCAUGUUCGUGUCGUCGAUCGUACAUCAGAAUCGAAGUCGUCCACUUGGCAGCCACCAACGAAGGACUUGACUUCAGUGGAUCCUCUUGGGUGGCAUGGGCUCAUGCUCACCCUGUCUUAUCUCUUAUACCGGCGUUCGCCACCCCCAGAGAGUCUAGGGAAGAUCGUGCGAGCCUUACUGCUGGGUCUCUCGUUUGAGCAGCGAAGCGCAUCUGGAGUCUCUGUCGGAGCUAAUGUUCGUGAUGCAGCCUGUUUCGGUGUCUGGGCUCUCGCGCGACGUUACUCCACUGAGGAAAUCUUUGCAGUCAAGGAUGAGCUCAUCGAAGAAGAGCGCCGUGAAAACGGCAAUGUGUCUAUUUUGCAGUCGCUCGCUACACACCUGGUAGUCACAGCAUGUCUGGACCCUGCAGGCAACAUCCGGCGUGGCUCUUCAGCCGCUUUGCAGGAACUCAUCGGCAGGCAUCCUGAUACGGUUGAGAAGGGUAUCGCGAUUGUACAGACAGUGGAUUACCAUGCUGUGGCAUUGAGAUCCAGAGCGAUGCAAGGCGUGGCUCUGGAAGCCACGAAGCUACACUCGCAGUACGGAGAUGCCAUAUUGGAGGCUGUCCUUGGCUGGCGAGGUCUAGGGGACGCCAACGACCGCGUUAGGAGAUAUGCAGCAACAUCCUAUGGUAUCAUCACAGCCGAGCUUGCACGGAUGGCUUCAAACAGCUCAGAAGUCAUCUCUCAAUCCUUUGGCAGUAUCAUAUCUUCCAUACGAAUACUGCAGCCUCGCCAGGUUGAGGAAAGACACGGCCUCCUGCUAGCUAUGGCCUCAAUUAUGAACCAAAUCCCAGAGCUGGUGGAACACAGCCAGGUUCAACAGCAUCAGCAACAACUAGCGCCCAUAAUCGAGAGACUGCUGUCUGAAUUGGAGUCAAACCUUACGUUCAUUGAGACAACGACAUUUCGGCGCCCAGAUCUCAUAGCAGAGGCGGCGUGCCGACUCUUUACCUCCUCAUUUCCGGUUCUCCAAGCAUUAUGUCUCGGUCUCGACACCAUUACGCCGGCUUAUCUGUUGUCUGGACCUCGUCUCUUAUCGUCCUUAAAAACACCUGCCACGAGUACUGCAGUAUCCCGGCUGGCGGAGUGCCCUAGUUCGAAAGACUUCCCGCCUGCUUGGGUCAACAGGCUCUUACCGAGUAUCUUGAAUGCCUGUCUUAUUAGGACGGAAGAAGUGGUAGUCGACGCGGCAUCCGAGGCUGCACUCACGUUACUGCUCUUUUUGAAGCCCUUCCAGCGCGAUGAACUCAUCCAAGGUUGGGCGAACACUGUUCUAGACGCACCACGAGCUGGAAAUAUUCAAGGACACUUGUUGGCUCUCACAAGGUCGCAUGCAGUUGCAUCGAUAUCGCAGGAACAGGUGGCGAAACCAACGGCAGGAAUAAUUCCCAGAACUCUGCUGCAACGCUGGGAAAAGGACAAAAAUGUGCAUAUGCGCGUGUGGAUACUUGAGAGUCUUGUUCAGGGCGAAGUGCUGAGGUAUAAUGUACAGACAUUGUUUAAGCUGAUUUCAGAAGCACUGGAAGACUACACGACGGACGCGAGAGGCGAUGUGGGAUCCCAUGUUCGCUUGCACGCCAUAAAAGCUACCAAUCAUUUGUGGUCGUUGCUGGCGGAGCCAGAGGCAAGACCAGAAGAAGUGGCCUCUCACACAGCGGCUUCUGCCCUUCUAUUACCUAUUAUACGGCUGGCUGCUGAGAAGCUUGACAAGGUAAGACCGGAGGCCCAGUCCACGCUGGCUCUGGUUUUAUGUUCAAAGUCAUCAUCGGAGUUAAGGAGACGCGCUUGCUGGUCCAAGGACUACUUCCUCUUCCUACUUAACCUCACAACCCACGAUGAUUGGCUUCAUGAAUCGUUUCGCACCGAAAACGGCCCAGGCCCUGACGAGUUCAUGGAUGAGCUCCUGGCAGGGUAUGUAACUUCAGCAGACACAGGCAACGAAGACCUAGUGAUAGCUUGUCGCUCCGCACUCUGCGAAUACUGCGAUGUGAGCCAGGAGAACCUCGACCGCGUGUGUAUCUCGCUUUACCGCAAUAUGAAGUCCCGCCAGGGUCAGGACCGGGUCAUAGUGCCGACGCUGGAAAUCAUUGCGUUUCUCUUGUCCGUUGGCUUGUACCGGAAGACCAAAACGGUUGAUUUCAAGAGCCUCUGCCUCCAGGCUCAGAAGGCAAGCUACAAGACCGGCAAUGUGCGGAAGCUCAUCGCCUGCGUCAAGGUCUAUGGGGGCAUCGCGAGCAUAGGCGAGAAUAACGUCGGACUGGCACCGAUGGCAAAUGACAUCCUAGAGCAGAAAAGGCGAGAAGCUGCGACGGAGGCGAGAAAGAGGCUGGGAGCCUUGAUGCUACACCCCUGGCCGCGCGUCAGGUCGUCUGUCGUCGACGAGCUCUGGAACGUGCUCUCUGGAAGUGAAGCUGACAAGGCUGGGAGGCUCAAGGGUGUGGACUGGGGUACGGCCGAGAAGGGGGUCCUGAAGCAGUUCGGAUCGGAUCUCGGCUUAUAG